UUACUUUUUACCCCUCCGUCAUCCUUUCAUUCCUUCUCGUCAGCAAGAGGCCUCUCAAAUACCCAUAUAAAAUUCGUUCAGAUCUUACCACAGCUAGUUACUUUCAAUCCUAUUAACAUUGUACAAAAUAUAAACAGAAACACGUUGUCGUGAUAUUCUAGAUAUCGGGGCCUACUUCGCACCGAAUAUGUCAAGCCAGGAUUACUACGGUGGUGGUGGUGGUGGUGGCUAUCCACCAUCCCAGAACCAAUACCCGCCUCAAAGCUAUAACCCUCAACAGCAACAGUACCCGGGUCAGAGUCCUCCUCCAAACCAGUACCAGCCUCAAGGCUGGAGUCACGACAAUAAUCAAUACGGCGGGCAGCAGUACGGUGCACCACCGUCGUCACAUACCCCGAACUCUUACGGAUCACCGCCUCCGGGCCAGUACUCGCCUUAUCCGCCGCAACAACAACCUUACGGUGCACCCCCACCACAAGGGAGCCAUUCCCCUUACUCUGGCGGCCCUCCCCCUUACGACAAUCAUUCUAGCUCGGCGCAGGGCCAAGGCUACCCGCCGCAGGGUUACCCGAAUCAAUACCCUUCUCAGCAACAGCACCAACAACACCAACAACCGCCGUACCAGCAGCAACAACAGCAGCAACAGUACCAACAGUACCCUCCUGGGCAACAGGGUGGUGACUACCCGCACGAUCCCAACACUGGUGAUAGGGGACUAGGGUCAUUAGUAGGAGGCGUACUCGGAGGUAAAAAAGGCGGCGGCGCCCCACUAGCAGCCAUAGGUGCUGCAGCCGCUGCGCAUUACCUUGGCGGUUCUUCUCACGGAGGUAGCCACGGAGGUCAAGGGGGUGGAUAUGGAGGAGGUCAUGGCGGAGGACAGGGGGGCAUGGGUAUGGCCUCGGCAUUCGCUCCCGCUGCUGCAUUUGCUGGCGCCUAUGGUGGCAGCAAGUUGCACAAGAAGGACAAGAAACAUAAAAAAGACAAGAAGCACAAGGGCCAUAGCCGCAGCAGCAGUUCGAGCAGUGGAAGUAGCAGGAGCAGCUAGGUAAAGCCAAUGGGUGGGUGGCCUACCACAAAGGCGUGAGAUAUAUACUGAGCGAAGUUUGGGGAUGGGUGGAUAGGGAUCACGAUUUCGUAACGAUAAAUUGGAUUCAAGCUUUAUGAUUUAGGUCAUCUAGAGCCAGGGUCUUUUCAUCACACUUCCAUAUAACGCUUCGCCAAGCCUACGAUCUUAAGCCACUUUUGAUUAUGAUUAUCGUCUCGUCGGAGCAAACGUCGCUACCAUCGAAUCCAGUUGUGACACGUUCUCUUUUAACAGGUACUAUUCUGCCCUCAACUAGCGACUAAUCCCAUGUAACGGCUCACUUGCCAUACCUCAAGAAUCUAAGACGCUCCAGAAUACGAAACUGCAGCACGAAGCGUUUCUGGCGCGCGCGAGACCAACCCGGCCGUACGUCCAGACACAGACAUAGCAGGUGCGC